GCGCCGGAAGUGAGUGCCGAGGCGUGCUGUCAGCCCCUGGCUCACUGCCGUUGUGGUUGUGGGGCGCGUUGAGAGGACCAUGGACGAACAGGAGUUAAUUCAGUACUUUAAGUCUCAAAUGAAAGGAGAUCCUGACAUGGCCUCAGCAGUGGCUGCCAUCCGGACUUUGCUGGAGUUCCUGAAGAGAGAUAAAGGGGAGACAAUCCAGGGCCUGAGAGCGAAUCUCACCAGUGCCAUAGAAACCCUGUGCGGCGUGGACUCCUCGGUGGCAGUAUCCUCUGGCGGGGAGCUUUUCCUUCGCUUCAUCAGCCUUACCUCCUUGGAGUACUCUGAUUACUCCAAAUGUAAAAAGAUCAUGAUUGAGAGGGGAGAACUGUUCCUUAGGAGAAUAUCCCUGUCAAGAAAUAAAAUUGCUGACCUGUGCCAUACUUUCAUCAAAGAUGGAGCAAGAAUUUUGACUCACGCCUACUCCAGAGUGGUCUUGAGAGUCCUGGAAGCAGCUGUGGCAGCCAAGAAACGGUUUAGUGUGUAUAUCACCGAGUCUCAGCCUGAUUUAUCAGGUAAGAAAAUGGCCAAAGCCCUCUGCCACCUCAACGUCCCUGUCACUGUGGUGCUGGAUGCUGCUGUUGGCUAUAUCAUGGAAAAAGCAGACCUGGUCAUAGUUGGUGCUGAAGGGGUUGUUGAAAACGGAGGAAUUAUUAACAAGAUUGGAACCAACCAGAUGGCUGUGUGUGCCAAAGCCCAGAACAAGCCCUUCUAUGUGGUUGCAGAGAGUUUCAAGUUUGUACGUCUCUUUCCCCUCAACCAGCAAGAUGUCCCAGAUAAGUUUAAGUAUAAGGCAGAUACUCUGAAGUCUGUGCAGACUGGACAGGACCUCAAAGAGGAGCACCCAUGGGUUGACUACACAUCUCCAUCCUUAAUCACCCUACUGUUUACAGACCUGGGCGUGCUGACGCCCUCGGCGGUCAGUGAUGAGCUCAUCAAACUGUAUCUGUGAGGGCCCAGUCCCCUCUUGCCAACAUCGGGAUGCAUGACUAGGUGGGGUGAGGAGCCUCUACACCCAGGCCAGCGAAGGGGCGAAAGCUGAACUGUUUCUAAGAUCUAUGGGCUAAGGAUUCACACUGUAAGUCAGAUGCUUUCAGCUCAUCUCAGUUGACUAAAAUCAGUUCUAGAACUAAGCCAGCAUGCUUAAAGUUUUCAGAAACUCACCUGCUGUCUCCAGAAGUACAAGUUAUAUUAUUGGAUGUAUACCUGACCACACACCUUUCCUUUCUCCUCCCCUACCCUCCCACUGCACUCCAGACUGACUUGCCAACAGCAUCAAAGUGAUGCAUGUUCCUGACUACACUGACAGCUGCUGAGGACACAUCGUGUGGUGCCUCCCAGGAAGGGCAGGAAACACUUGCUGACUGCAUCUGGCUUCCAGUGGGCAGGAGCCAAGCUCCAUCCUCUCAGCAAGAUCAAGCCAGACAGGGUAAACUAAGGCUACUAAGUUGGAACAGCAUUAGCCAUACCCCUCACAGUACCACUUAAAGGAUAUUUUUGAACCUAAACUCUUUAAAAAAAAAAAAAAAAAAAGUCAGUUUCCUUUAAACAUGUUUGGAUCCUAAAUAGCUUUUUAAAAAUACUUGGGAACAAAUUCAAGACCUUUUCAAAUAAACUAUAUGAAAGAUUUAA